UAUUUCCACGAAUGCAAAUAUUUGCACACUCGCAAAUCAUACUGAUAAAAUGUAGAGGUUUACUUAAACUUCCUCAAGUUAGUCAGCAUGUCUGUGCGUUUGUGCCUGUGUUAUAUUUUUAUUGCCACAUUUGCGAUUCACGGAAAUGAAAACGUGUUUAGUUCGGUGGCUGCCGAUGACAAAAUUAAUGCAAGUCGUUGCAAUGGUUCCGAUACUAGCGUUGGCGAGCUGAGUUGCCACAAAAACCCACAAAAUCUAGCAACGUGCGACCUCACUCGAGAUCGGGACACAAAAAGCGGCUUUGUGUUAUGUGCCGGAGAAAACGGAUGGGAAGAGAAACAGGACUAUCUGUCAAACAUAGACGACGAACUAUGGAAAGAUUUGCCAGUUUUCGAAAACGAGCUGAACGUAAGUGGCUUGGAAUUAAACGCGACGUACCUUCUCUUUGUAUGCAGUCAGGGUGAUUUUACGUUGGAUGACAUCGUCGUGAUAAGUAGCCACCCCGAUAAGUUAUCCGACAAUCUACCAAUUGAAUGCAAAAACUGGAAGAACUACACUCUGCAGAGGUUGGAAAGUGAAUUUCGAAUACAAGGUGCCAAAAAUGGGUCGAAAGAUCUACCUGUGGCUAGUCAAGAGAAACCACACCUUUCAACAAACUCAACGAAAUCAAAAUCUUUCUGGAAAUUGCAAAAAAAGACAGUUAUAGAAGCUCACAAGCAGAAUAGCCAAUCGUGCGUGAUCAAGACAAAUUACCACGGAAAAUUAAAUUUGACCAUAUUUGUGUAUCUUGGAAGUGGAAGUAUUUUAAAUGUUACGGUAGCAUCCGGUGUGGGAAGCAAUUCUACAAUUUUUCAAAAUCACUCUCGGUGGACGAAACGUGAACUCACAUUUUGUUCCGAUGAACAAACAAAUCUUACUAUUGGCCGAAAAUUCGACAGUUCUUCUUCUAAUAAUCGGCGGUAUUGGGCUAUAGAUGAAAUUAAAUUUUUGACAGGCAGCGCCGGUUCCAUUGAUUACAGUAUAAGAAGAGAACCUAAAAACCCAGUCGUGCUGGAAGCCCCAGUACUGGAACACAUUUCUAAUAACUCCAUAACCAUACGUGUCAAGAGCUUGACGUACGCUUCCGGCCAGCCGAAGCCACGAAAAUGCAUAAUCCAGUACAAAGAAGAAAACGAAGUCGAUUUUAAAAAUUUUAAAAUAUAUAAUAGCUCCAAAGACCUACUUUCCAAAUCGUUUGUGAUCCGAAGUGUUGAUACAAUAAAUUCCCGGUAUAAAAUACGAAUACUAUUAAUUAGCUCAUAUCGCUACUACUCAGAUCAAAGAAUACCUGAGCUGGUCACACCCAGAAAAUUACACUUCUCCCAAGUAACAAACAACAGCUUUAGAUUAAGAUGGUUUCCACCGAAAAACGAAAUAUUCCGAUAUCAGUUAUCGUGUACACAAUCGUUCUGCCGGCAUACUGAAACAAGUGUGCUUUCCGAUUAUGUCAAAGAACAUUUAAAACCUUCAACAAACUGCACAAUAUUGGCCUACACUUUUGAAAAUAAGGCACGGCAGUUUUAUGACGAAGUCAGUGUUACCACACUUGCAGCCACGACCGUUGACGACAAUGAAAUGCCUGAUAAUAUUACCUACGACCAGAAUAAAAUGGUGAUUUCGUUCAAGAACUGCUCAAAAUUUAGUGGACCCAUAACUUACACUUUUAUGUAUAAGUGCGUCAGCGCUUGGUGCGAGAACAAUGAUGGUAAGAGUUUUACGCACCGCAUGAAAGUUCACGAAAAAAAUAUUACUAAAAGGGAUUUAAAGUUACAAGCGUUUACAAAUUACAAUAUAACAGUAACAGCGACAAGAAUGAAUUAUAAGCGGUCGAAAACAUACCAACUUCAAACUGCUCCAGACACACCCAAGGAAGUUCGAACCCUGACAAUUGACUGUCGGAGUAGUAGUACCGUCUGGUUACGAUGGUUACCACCGGACCCACCAACCGGUCAGGUGUCAGAAUACAUUAUCUCUCAAGAGAACUCAAAAAUACUACCAAAUAAUGACGACCGUGACACUUUCGUUCCUAUAAACAUACGACUAGAAGCUAACGUAACUAAUAUUGAGGUUCGAGCCAAAAAUCGAAAUGUCGAAAAACCGGGAGCCCCCAAAUCUGUUGAACUCUCCUCUGUGCCCUUGGUAAAAGACAUUCUGCAAAAUUUCACUGUAGUACCAUCUCCACCAGAAAUAUCUUUCCGGUGGCACCGCCUAAACAACCUCUCCAUUCGGGUCGAAAACGAAAGCCCACAAAAUUCCAACGGCGAGUUUAACAUUUCAGUUGGCAGAGAAGACAAAGUGAAGUUAGUCGUGUCGAGUGUAAACUGUCAAAGCGAACAAGUAACUAUUGAAGUGGAAACGAAGCCUCCAGAGUUUAAUUUGUCGGGGAACCCUAUUAUAAAAGUAUGGUCAGAAACAAACUAUGAGUUACACGUACCGACACCAGAUGGUGCUACAACCGAAAGCACGAAUUUUAUUAUUUUAAUUAACCCUGACGAUGCGAACUCCAACUGGACUGUAACAGACCUACAACAAGAACAAAAUGGUUACGUUAAAGCACAAAUCCCUCGUAAUGUAGAGGUUUUUCUGAAGAACCAAUCAUACGAAAUGUUUCUUCAAGAUGUCAAAAGUGGUGAACGCUAUUCUUUGCUUCUGCGACGAAAAGACUGGAGCUUGUUUCGGAAAGUCACUAUUUUGUGUUUAAUAAUAAUUACUGCUGUCACUUUAACGUGCGUGGGAUAUCUUCUUCUAGCGUACAUCUUUAAAAAAUACCCGUUCGACUUAGAUAGGAGACGCACGUCAACGACAAGGAAGUUAUCAGAAGGCGACUUUAACGCUCUUUCGGAACAUUAUAAAAAUCAAAGCUUGAAACAAGUUCGGAAGAAAGCGGACCCACCCGCAAAGCCGUCUGAACUGGAAGUUCUGGUCGAACCGUCUACAAGUAAGAAAAAGACUUCGGACGCUACUCGCAUACCCGUGAAAGACUUCGAGGACUAUCUCAUGACAGCUCUUGGAGACGACCCAUACAGCAACGACUUGACACGACAAUACCGGAAACUACCAACCAAAAACGGGAAAACACAAACCGUCGGCUCACACAAAAACAACCACCAUAAAAAUAGAUACCAAAACCUGACGGCUUUUGACGACACGAGGGUGAUUCUCAAAGACAACGACGACGACGACUCCGACUACAUUAACGCCAACUACGUAGACGGCUACGAAAACGCUAAAGCUUUCAUAGCGACGCAAGCUCCUCUAAAAUCCACUCUUAGCGACUUCUGGUGCAUGCUUUGGCAAGAAAAAGUCACCUGCAUCAUCAUGCUGACCGAAUUAGUCGAAAAUGGCACCGUGAAAUGUGAACAAUACUGGCCAAACUUGGACAAAAAAACUAGAUAUGGGGAGAUUUUGAUUUCCACUGUGUCGAUUAAAACUUUUGCUGAUUACACGAUUCGUGAGCUUCACGUGUCUCGCAACGAGGAGUCGCGAGUGGUUACCCAUUUACAGUACACUACUUGGCCUGACCACGGGGUACCCUUGUACCCUCAGAACUUCACCCCUUUCGUGAAAAGACUCCUCGCAAUGUCACAAAAAAAUGGCCCUAUUGUUGUCCAUUGCAACGCUGGAUGUGGCAGAACAGGAACUUUGAUCCUGUGCGACAUCAUUCUCAGAAUGGCAGCCAAAGAAAAAUACGUUGAUUUUGUCAAAGUGCUGACGAAGAUGAGACAACAACGGAUUAAUUUAGUCCACAAUGUGACUCAAUACGUGUUUGCUCAUUCCGUAGUCCUCGAGUGUCUAUUCGGGGUAGAUUUUGCAAUCCCCAUUAACGACUCGUUUCAAGACAAUGUCUUCAAACUACUACGAAAAACCACAGUCAAACCCAUGAUGGAACAACUCGACAAAGUCAUGAUGCAGCACAACAAAAGACAACCCUGUAUAGCCAUCAAUUUGAGCGACGACGACAAAAAGAAGAACAGAUUCUCCCACAUCCUUCCAGGUCAAGCUCAGUUGUACUUAAACCCUUCGACUUCGAGCUCCUACAUCAACGCGAUAGUCGUGGAUUGCUACCGCUGCCCCAGGAAGUUCAUCGUGACCCAACAACCACUCCCCAACACCGUCGAAGACUUCUGGAACCUCGUCAAAGAAUUCGAAGUCAACACGAUCGUCUCUCUAAACGAAAUCGACGGACAGGACCCGAACUGCCCCCAAUUCUGGACGCACGGCACCCAACUAGUCGAAGAGAGCGAAUUCCGAACGCACGACAUCACAAAAGUGAAAAUCUCGCAGGAAUCAGACGCCACUGAAAGAACUGUCAAUGUUAUAAAAGUGAAAAACUGGCAGAGAGACGCGGGGUAUCCUAGCAACCCCAAGGACUUGAUUUUGGUGUGGAAGGAGACGUUUAACACGUCGUGGAAGGGUAAUAGUCAGAUCGUGGUCACGUGUUACGAUGGCGCCACUGCUAGCGGGCUUUUCGUGGCUUUGGCUUACCUUAUUGAGAAAAUUAACUACGAACAGUCGUGUGACGUUUUCUCCGCCAUCAGAACGGUGCGGCAAAGUCGGGAGGAGUUCGUCCAGGAAUGGGGCCAAAUGGAAUUUCUGUACAAAGCUGCGAAAGUGUAUAUUGAAGAUUUCGACGACUACGACAAUUUCGACUAAAUUAAACUACUGUUGGCGUAUUGGACGACUUCAGUUGGCAGCCCUGGUGUUUUCUUGAUAGCGUCGGCUAGUUGUAGUGGCAAUAGUAGAAGUUUAAACAGUU